AUGACUCUUUUUCAACUAGUUUAUUUUCAAAAGAAAAAUGGUUUUACUCUUCAUUACUUUGUAGAUCUGACAGAAGAUUGCAAUUUUAAACUAAUAGAUGAUAUAAUGUUUAUAGUAAUAGAAGAGGCACAUUUCUAUCAAAAACAAAAUAAUCAAUUAAAAAUUCUGGUAUUUGACCUAAUAAAAAUGUGA